GGACAAGGUAAGCAAGCCCUGGACCACUCUGUGCUCUUGCUUUAAUUAACAUGUAUCUACAUGUUACCAACUUGGGAAUGAAAUUAAAAAGAUCAACCAAAGGCAUAAUGAAAUUGAACAACAUAAGGAAAUGGUGGAUUUGCUCAACACAACACCAAAAAUUAAGAGUGAGGAUGCUAUUGGUGGGGAACAUGACAAUCCUCGAGUGACAACCCAUCUCAUAAGUAGUGCACAACCACCCAUGGGUAGGGCAGAUGAUAAAGAGAAAGUAAAAGAACUCUUGUUUUAUGGCUUUAAAGAAAGUAGUGCGCUCGGAAAAGAUGGUGUUUCUAUUGUAUCCAUUGUAGGUCAAGGUGGGAUUGGGAAAACAACUCUUGCAAAAAUGGUUUUUAAUGAAGUCAAAGAACAGUUUGGGAACCGCAGGUGGUGGGUUUGUGUUUCAGAGAAGCCAAAUCGUAUGGGUUUGCUGAAAAAGAUACUAAAGGAAGUAUGCAAGGAAUCAGUCAGAGAACUUAAGGGUACCUAUUCCUUAAGUGAUUUGUGCACACGAUUGCAGAGCAAGCUGUCAAAGAGCAAGUUCAUAUUGGUCUUAGAUGAUGUAUGGGAAUUAGAUGGGUGGUGGGGAGACAUAGCAGGCAUCCUAUUGGGAGGUGCAAAGGAAAGCAAGAUUUUGAUCACCAAUAGAAAGGUAGAAGUCUCCCAAGCAAUUGGUGCUAAAAUUCAUAAAUUGUCACAAAUGUCUUUCGAUGAAAGUUGGAGUUUGUUUCUGCGUGUGGCAAAGAAACAAGAAUAUGAAUUAGAGAGUCACCAUUUGAAACGUAUUGGGGAGAAAAUAGUGGCGAAAUGUGGUGGCUUGCCACUUGUUGUCCAGACGGUAGGAUCCUUAAUGCGUACAAAAAGGAUGACUAAAGAUGACUGGGAAAGCGUUGAGAAGAGUGAGAUUUGGGAAUGGAAGAUGCCUGUCUCAACAUCAUCAUCCUCUGAAAUAUGUGGUAGCAUUCUUCCUGGUCUCAUGCUGAGCUACGAUGACUUGCCACAUUAUUUGAAGAGUUGUUUUGUAUAUUGCUGCAUUUAUCCAAAGAAUUAUGAAAUAAAAAGGGAUAGAUUGGUCAUGCAAUGGAUGGCACAUGGAUUGAUUGACCAAAAGAAAGCCAUUGAUGUGGAAGUGACUGCUAACCAGUGGAUUAGUGAUUUGAUAAAUCGGUUCAUGAUUGAAGAAACUGAAUAUAAGGAUCUCAAAUUGCAUGACAUUUUGCAUGACCUUGCCUUAUAUAUAGGUGGAAAGGAAUAUAGUCAUGCCUCUGCUACUGAGCACACCCGCCAUCUAUCAUUACUUGGUGUCGACGAUGCCGAUGCGCAAAAGCAUAAUGCCUCAGGAGCAGCAAAUAAGUUGUGCACAAUAUUGACGAGUGAGUUGCCUUUGGUUUACGCUAAAGACUUAGCCAAUUUCAAGUGUUUGAGGGUGUUAUCAUUGAGGGAAUGUCGGAUCGAUGAGCUGCCAAAGUCCAUUGAAGACCUUGCACUUCUAAAAUAUUUGGAUCUAAGCCAUUGUCAUGUGAGACGGUUGCCCAGUUCAAUCGGCAGACUCUGUAACCUGCAAACAUUGGAUUUAAGUAAUAGUAGAAUUGGAGAGUUGCCCAAGGAAAUGGGCAAACUGUGCAACUUGAGGUAUCUUGGCCUAAAAGAUGCAGAGGAAUUGGAAUUUGUAGCUGAAGGCCUGGGGAAGCUUACUAAUUUACGGACCUUGCAUAGGUUUAGGGUAUGCGAUGACAAGGGGGAUACAAGAGGAUGCAAGAUUGAGGAAAUAAAAGACUUGAAUAAACUAAAGGGGGAAUUGUCAAUAGAAGGUUUGGGUGGGGGAAGGGUGAAAGUAAUUGAUGCAGAGAAAGCAGAGCUUAAGGAGAAGCAUGAGCUAAUUAGGGUGAAAUUUGACUUUGAGGUGCGAGAGGAUGAUAAAGUUGGUAGUGCUUCUGAACAGAAGGGCUUGCUGGAGGCUUUGAAACCUCCACAUAGCAUAGAGAGGUUGGAAAUUUGGGGUUAUACAGGAGAUAGGCCUGCGUGGUAUUCGGACACCAAUUGUGGGAAGCUGCAGACACUAUGGCUUCUAAGUUGCCCAUCAUGGGACACAGUGACAGGAAUUAAAUCAUUGGAAGAAUUGGGGGUCAGCAACUGCCCAACAUUGUGUGAAUUACGGAGCAUGCCUUUGCUGAAGUCCUUGGAAAUUUGGGAAUGUGAUGGGCUCAACACGAUUGGUGACUUGCCGGCAUUGGAGUCGUUGGAUGUGAACAGAUGUGAAAAGCUGAAGACUCUCGCUAACAUGCCUGCAUUGGAGUCAUUGGAGGUGAAGAGAUGUGGUAGGGUAGAGCAAGUAGCUGAUGAUCACAUGCCAGCAUUAAAGAGGUUGUGGUUGUCUGACCUGAACAUUUUGAAGCAGCUCCCUACUCGCCUUCCUUCACUUGAGAAACUAAGUGUGAAUAAUUUGCCCAACUGGGAAUCAACACUUACUUCUAUGCCAUGCUUAAGAGAGGCACACUUUUACAAAUGUCCAAAGAUGCAAACAAAAGGCUGGAUUUAUGCUCUAUUGGAGAUGGCGGGGUAUGACGGUCAAGCGAUUCAGCUCCAAAGGCUGUCAGUGUGGAAUUGCCCAAGUGCAAGAUUGGGAUGGAAAUUGCUUGAGCAACUACCUAACCUCGUUGAGUUGGGGUUGGAUUCAGAAUCAGCAGUACUACUGCCAUCGCCAUUGCCAUCACAAGUAUCGACAUUUCUACCCUCCCUUACAUGUCUGUAUUUGAGAGACAAUAAUGUUAAUGAGGAGGUCAAAUGGGGAAGGGUGCCUGAGUGGGUGUGGGGUCUCUCUCAACUGGAGGAAUUGAAACUAAACUCCUUCUCUGAGGACAUCAGUUUGGGAGGCCACUGGCAAUGCUUCCUGAAACUGAGAAAGCUGAUGCUUUCUAAGUUCCCCAAUCUGAAGUCUCUGGUGGACGUGAAUGUUAUUACUCCCCAACAAAAUGAAACAACAUGUGCCACCGAUGCACAGCAACAGAUCGCCUGCCUUUCCAACCUUCAAUCGUUGACAAUUGACUCAUGUCCAGCACUCCAUCUGCCGCAGGAGUUAAGCGACCGUCUUGCGAAAAGAUUAGACAUAGAUUAAUUAUUUUGGUUAAAUAUGUGUGUUUCCAUUUCGUUGCCUCUUCUUUCUCUCUCUCCAUCUCCCUCUUGCUUGACUUGGGUCGGGUAAACUGAGGUGUUGUUGAACUGAACUGGCGUACCUUUUAUGCAUCAACAGAGUCUUCUCUAGCUGUUUUAACUUACUCAAAAAGAUGACCAUCUCUCUCAUUUGUUUUUUUGUAAUUGAAAACAAAUAUCAAUUAUGUGAAUAUGGUCCCGUAGCAGCAGAUACCAUGUAUAAAUCAUAAAUGCGGUGCUGUUUGGGUCAAAUAGAAGGCAAUGUUCUUUGGCUUGAAUCGGUUUAGAUACUAAAAAUGACCUUUUCCUUUAAGAAAAUUUUAAAAAUUGCUUUGUUUUAUAUACAUCAAUUGAUGCACAAAGGCUCCCAUUAAGAAAACCUUUAACAAAGACAAAAUUGCAAAUAGAAAAAAGUAAAAAGACUAUAAAAGACAUUGCUUUUUAAUAAGUUACCAAAAUGUAGUUCCCUCCUUUAAUGCAUUGGAUGCAUGCAACUUUCUCUGGAAGCCUUGUUGCUAGAGUUAGGCACUGGGCUGCCAUGGACGGUUCACUCUUGACUGCUAGAGUUGCUGGGUUAACUUCUUCCUGAGGCAGGCAGACAUGCUACAAUAAGUGGAUGCAGGCAAGAGUGAGAAGGGCGUGGCCCCAUACUGAACUCUGGACCAUGAGAUAGCCUCCGUGGAUGUGUAUGAUGGCUCUUGUCAAAUGUGGCAAGUAGCAGCUGGUUCAAGGGUAGAGAGAUAGAUGCAGGUCAAGCCAGGGUAUCGUGUGGACCUCUGACCAUCCAAGUCCCAAGUAUCGUGCUGUCUGGGACCUAGCAGUGCAGAUCUUCUCGCAUAAUCCAUGGAAGAAGGCCUGCCAAUAUCAUGAGGUUGCCGAAUAACAUGUUCAUGCCAGUCUGUAAUUAAUGAUUGCCUUGGCUACAGGGAGGCACGAAGACACAUGAAGGAUAAUCAGACGGGGCUUUGACCUUACUUCAAUCUAGUAUGCCUUUCUCGUGGUGGUUGAAGUUGCCAACAUGUAUGGCCUUGAGUACCAUAGGUGCUUGGGCGGAGGAGGAGGUCCAAAUUAAAGUUUCUAAAUUUUGACAAACACUGAAAUAUACUUUUUCAAAAUUUUUAUAUAAGACAAGUGAAAAUUUCUAAAA